CUGCCUCGGCCUCCCAAAGUGUUGGGAUUAUAGGUGUGAGCCACCUUACCUGGCCCCCAAUCUGUUUUAGAAAGAUCCUUCUGAAGGAGCUGAGUGAAGAAUUGGGGGUAGAGAGAGCACUUGGAGACCAGCUGUCCUGGGCCAGGGCCCAGUGUUCACCAUCACACCAGGGGCCAGAGGCCAUGGCUUGCCUCCAUGAGACCCGAACACCCUCUCCUUCCUUUGGGGGCUUCGUGUCUACCCUAAGUGAGGCAUCCAUGCGCAAGCUGGACCCAGACACUUCUGACUGCACUCCCGAGAAGGACCUGACGCCUACCCAGUGUGUACUUCGAGAUGUGGUACCCCUUGGUGGGCAGGGUGGGGGAGGGCCCAGCCCCUCCCCAGGUGGAGAGCCGCCCCCUGAGCCUUUUGCCAACAGUGUCCUGCAGCUACAUGAGCAGGAUGCAGGGGGCCCAGGGGGCGCAGCUGGGUCACCUGAGAGUCGGGCAUCCAGAGUUCGAGCUGAUGAGGUGCGACUGCAGUGCCAGAGUGGCAGUGGCUUCCUUGAGGGCCUCUUUGGCUGCCUGCGCCCUGUCUGGACCAUGAUUGGCAAAGCCUACUCCACUGAGCACAAGCAGCAGCAGGAAGACCUUUGGGAGGUCCCCUUUGAGGAAAUCCUGGACCUGCAGUGGGUGGGCUCAGGGGCCCAGGGUGCUGUCUUCCUGGGGCGCUUCCACGGGGAGGAGGUGGCUGUGAAGAAGGUGCGAGACCUCAAAGAAACCGACAUCAAGCACUUGCGAAAGCUGAAGCACCCCAACAUCAUCACCUUCAAGGGUGUGUGUACCCAGGCUCCCUGCUACUGCAUCCUCAUGGAGUUCUGCGCCCAGGGCCAGCUAUAUGAGGUACUGCGGGCCGGCCGCCCUGUCACCCCCUCCUUACUGGUUGACUGGUCCAUGGGCAUCGCCGGUGGCAUGAACUACCUGCACCUACACAAGAUUAUCCACAGGGAUCUCAAGUCACCCAACAUGCUAAUCACCUACGACGAUGUGGUGAAGAUCUCAGAUUUUGGCACUUCCAAGGAGCUGAGUGACAAGAGCACCAAGAUGUCCUUUGCAGGGACAGUAGCCUGGAUGGCCCCUGAGGUGAUCCGCAAUGAGCCUGUGUCUGAGAAGGUCGACAUCUGGUCCUUCGGUGUGGUGCUGUGGGAACUGCUGACUGGUGAGAUCCCCUACAAAGACGUAGAUUCCUCAGCCAUCAUCUGGGGUGUGGGAAGCAACAGUCUCCAUCUGCCCGUGCCCUCCAGUUGCCCAGAUGGUUUCAAGAUCCUACUUCGCCAGUGCUGGAAUAGCAAACCGCGAAAUCGCCCAUCAUUCCGACAGAUUCUGCUGCAUCUGGACAUUGCCUCAGCUGAUGUACUCUCCACACCCCAGGAGACUUACUUUAAGUCCCAGGCAGAGUGGCGGGAAGAAGUAAAACUGCACUUUGAAAAGAUAAAGUCAGAAGGGACCUGUCUGCACCGCCUAGAAGAGGAACUGGUGAUGAGAAGGAGGGAGGAGCUCAGACAUGCCCUGGACAUCAGGGAGCACUAUGAAAGGAAGCUGGAGAGAGCCAACAACCUGUAUAUGGAACUUAAUGCCCUCAUGUUGCAGCUGGAACUCAAGGAGAGGGAGCUGCUCAGGCGAGAGCAAGCUUUAGAGCGGAGGUGCCCAGGCCUGCUGAAGACACACCCUUCCCGGGGCCUCCUGCAUGGAAACACAAUGGAGAAGCUUAUCAAGAAGAGGAAUGUGCCACAGAAGCUGUCACCCCAUAGCAAAAGACCAGAUAUCCUCAAGACAGAGUCUUUGCUACCUAAACUAGAUGCAGCCCUAAGUGGGGUUGGGCUUCCUGGGUGUCCUAAGGGUCCCCCCUCACCAGGACGGAGUCGCCGUGGCAAGACCCGUCACCGCAAGGCCAGCGCCAAGGGGAGCUGUGGGGACCUGCCUGGGCUUCGUACAGCUGUGCCACCCAAUGAACCUGGAGGACCAGGAAGCCUAGGAGGGGGACCCUCAGCCUGGGAGGCCUGCCCUCCUGCCCUCCGUGGGCUUCAUCAUGACCUCCUGCUCCGCAAAAUGUCUUCUUCAUCCCCAGACCUGCUGUCAGCAGCACUAGGGUCCCGGGGCCGGGGGGCCACAAGCGGAGCUGGGGAUCCUGGCUCACCACCUCCGGCCCGGGGUGACACCCCACCAAGUGAGGGAUCAGCCCCUGGCUCCACCAGCCCAGAUUCACCUGGGGGAGCCAAAGGGGAGCCACCUCCUCCAGUAGGGCCUGGUGAAGGUGUGGGGCUUCUGGGAACUGGAAGGGAAGGGACCUCGGGCCGGGGAGGAAGCCGGGCUGGGUCCCAGCACUUGACCCCAGCUGCACUGCUGUACAGGGCUGCCGUCACCCGAAGUCAGAAACGUGGCAUCUCAUCAGAAGAGGAGGAAGGAGAGGUGGACAGUGAAGUAGAGCUGACAUCAAGCCAGAGGUGGCCUCAGAGUCUGAACAUGCGCCAGUCACUAUCUACCUUCAGCUCAGAGAAUCCAUCAGAUGGGGAGGAAGGCACAGCUAGUGAACCUUCCCCCAGUGGCACACCUGAAGUCGGCAGCACCAACACUGAUGAGCGGCCAGAUGAGCGGUCUGAUGACAUGUGUUCCCAGGGCUCAGAAAUCCCACUGGACCCACCUCCUUCAGAGGUCAUCCCCAGCCCAGAACCCAGCUCCCUGCCCAUUCCACACCAGGAACUUCUCAGAGGAAAGCAGGGCCCUCCCAAUUCUGAGGACUCAGACUGUGACAGCACUGAAUUGGACAACUCCAGCAGCGUUGAUGCCUUGCGGCCCCCAGCUUCCCUCCCUCCAUGAAAGCCACUCAUAUUCCUUGUACAUAGAGAAAUAUUUAUAUAAAUUAUAUAUAUAUACAUAUAUAUAUAUAUAUAUAUAUAUGCGCCACAUAAUCAACAGAAAGAUGGGGCUGUCCCAGCCGUAAGUCAGGCCGAGGGAGACUGAUCCCCUGACCAAUUCACCUGAUACUCUAGGGACAGUGGCAGCUGUGGAAAUGAAUGAGGCACAGCCGUAGAGCGGUGCCUAAGGGCAAACUGGCCCCUUCCUGCCCCACCCCAUUCCUUAUAUUCAGCAAGCAACAAGGCAAUAGAAAAGCCAGGGUUGUCUUUAUAUUCUUUAUCCCCAAAGAUUGGGGGUGGGGGGAGGGAAGGGUGGGAGGGGCAGGAGAGAAAACCACUUAAGACUGCACUUUUCUGUUCUGUUUUACUCUGUUUACACAUUUUGCACUUGGGAGAAGGGAGACUAAGGCUGGGUCCUCCCCUCUGAGGAUUCUCAGGUGGCAAUGUAACUCAUUUUUUUGUCCCUCCAUUGAUCUUCUCUGCCCAAGCCCUGUCUUAGGUCCAGGGGGAGGUUAGGAGACUGAUAGCAUGUGAUGGCUCAGGCUGAAGAACUGGGGUGCUGUUUAAGUCCCUACUUUCUUCCUGGUGCCUGAUUGGGGUGGGGACUGUCCUACUGUAACCCCUGUGAAAAACCUUGAAAUAUAACCACUCCAUGCA